AUGUCUCAACCUGGCACCAUCAAACUAGCUGAUGCUCUUUCGGCUUUGCCUCCUCUACCAAAAUCACACCACGAUCUCCGCUCUCAAAUUCAAUCCACAAUUCGCUAUCCCUCAUCACCGGCACCUUUGCUUGUUAUCCUGGACGACGACCCUACCGGUACACAGACUUGCCAUGAUAUCACUAUUCUUACAGUUUGGGACGUUCAAAACCUCGUAUCGACAUUCAAGCAAGUAGGCACAGGUAAUGGAUUCUUCAUAUUGACCAAUUCUCGCGCACUUCAUCCGCAACAAGCAAGAGAGCUUAUGAUCGAGAUAUGCACCAACCUACAAACUGCCUCUCAAGAAACUAGUCUGCCUUAUGAGAUUGUGCUACGGGGUGAUUCGAUCCUCAGAGGACAUUUCCCUUUGGAGCCUGAGGCGGUGGAGCAUGUGAACGGAUCGUUUGACGCCUGGAUAUUAUGCCCUUUCUUCCUCCAAGGCGGAAGAUACACCAUCAACGAUAUUCAUUACGUUCACGAGGGCGAUAAUCUCAUACCAGCGGCAGAUACUCCAUUUGCCAAAGAUGCUACGUUCGGUUACAGAAGCUCCAAUCUCCGGGACUAUGUUGUUGAAAAGUCAAAAGGCAAUAUUCCGCACGACAAGAUCGCCUCUAUUGACUUGGACACAAUUCGCAAAGGCGGCCCGAGUGCUGUGUUUGAGAAGAUCAUGCAGCUGCCGAAGCCAGAAAAAUCACCUGUCGUUCUUGUCAUAAAUGCCGCGGCCGACGAGGACAUUGACGUGGUUGUCACGGCACUCCUACGAGCUUCACAGCAAGGCAAGCGAUUUCUUUAUCGCACAGGUGCUGCAUUUGUAUCAUCGCGUCUAGGAAUAUCCUCUAUCCCUCCCCUCUCUGCUGGCCAACUCGGCUUGUCAAAGAAAGUUGGCGGUCUCAUUAUUGCAGGAUCAUAUGUGCCUAAAACAACGGCGCAGUUGGAUUCUCUGGUUCAAAAGUCCGGUGAUAAUUUGACAACCAUCACACUGAACGUCAAAGCUUUGCUCAAAUCCGAUGAGGCAGCAAAAGAAGAUGUCGCAAAGGCAAUCGAGCUAGCGUCUCAGAAGAUCAAAGACGGGCAGGAUGUUUUGAUCAUGACCAGCAGGGAGCUCAUAGUUGGGCGAGAUGAAGUGGAGAGUUUGGAUAUUGGGUCAACAAUAGCACUGGCUUUGGUUUCGUUUCUCCAGGGACUACAACAGAAGCCGCGAUAUAUCAUUGCUAAGGGAGGAAUCACUUCAUCGGAUAUGGCGACAAAAGGACUCAGGAUGAAACGUGCUCUGAUUGUGGGUCAAGCUGCACCGGGAGUUCCUAUGUGGCGAUGCGAUGAGCCGGAGUCGAAGUGGCCGGGUUUGAACUACGUCGUGUUUCCUGGAAACGUUGGUCAUAAUGAUAGUUUGUACGAAGUGGUUAGACAAUGGAGAGAGUUUGAGUAG